AUGUCGACCUCGUCCACUUCAACGGCACAUCCCUCCGCCUCCAUCCCAUCAGCUUCAUCUUCAGCCGCCGUCGCUGCCACCACAUCCAAAAAUCAGCUCUACGCGCUUGCCUCGCGGGUCCCACUCAUCAAGUCCCAUUCGAUCUCCCUCCCCAAGCCAGUCAAGCUUCCACCCGAUCUGCAUCCACUACCUGCCGACAUCUCCGCCUACUUCGUCUACCCGUUCAGCCUCGAAUCCUACGUCCUCGAUCCCAACACUCCCUCGUCGAACACUGUGGAUCAGCUGCUAGCCAAACACAAGCAGUAUCUCGAGAACCGCGAAAAGGACAAGGAGGACAGGCAGAGGGAGAGGCUGAGGAAAGUUGCACCAGGAUGGCACGGCGAUGUGCUCAUGCCGACCAACAGUGUCAACACAAGAAAGAGCUUGGACGUUGGUGCGGUGCUGGAGCAAGCUCAGUCUCAGAGCACGCAGCAGCAGCAACAGCAGCAAGGCGUGGAGAGGACACCACUGGACGACUUGGCUGAUCACCUGGCGCAGCUCGACGCUUUCAAUACUUCGGGUACCCCGAUCUCCGGCUCGCACGGUCAGAGUCAGAAUCAGAAUCAGUACCUGCAACAGUAG